AUGGGGAGUCCGUGGAGGAGGAAGAAGGAGCCAUCUUUGACGUCUUUUGAAGGAGCAGUCAUCGCCGGCCAAAAUCCUUGGCUCCUCAGCUACGCCCGCAACAGAGAAGUAGUCCUUGAGGCCGUCUACGAUCAUCAUCAUCCUCCUCCCCUUCGAUUUCUCACAUCCAAGAUGGAACGUGAUCCGGGUCAGAGAAAUGAGAAGAGGUCGAAGCGCUCCAAUGAUCCUAUCGACCACCAGAUCAGAGGGAUAGUUGUUCGAGAGCUUGCUGGUGGUGGUGAAGAUGUUGGUCAAGGCAGUGGGCAGCAGGGCAGAGGUCGAGGUAGCCAAAAAGCUCAACCUAGAAGAGGCAGUGGCAGUGGUGCUGGUCGUGGCAGUGCUGGCCGUGGUGCUGGUGCUGCUGGACAUGGAGAAGGACCUGCCGAUGAUAGAGGAAGAGAAGGGAAGAUCAUACCUGUAGUUUGUGCGCCAGACACACCUCCUCGGUUCUUAGAGUUUGAUCAGUCCUAUAUUGUUCAGCAUCAGGGUGCCCUAGGAAGGAAGGACAUCAAUGACAUGAAGAGGCAGCUGGGACUUGAGGUUAGAGAGAUUCCACCACCGCUAGUGUUUCCACCCUAUGAGGACAGUAGUGAGGAUGAUGGAGAGAUGGAGUAUCCUCAUGAUCAGAAGACACUUGGUGAGAGGAUGAACAUCCUCAGACAUGUGAGAGAACAGUCCAGGCCACAGAGGCACACAACUAGUACACACACAACCGACAGGGCUGUUGUGAGUGACAGUGAUGAGGAGUCCGGUGAGAGGACUAUUUUAGGCAGCAGGCAGCAGACCGACCCGGCGCUGCAGCAGCUGCUACCGAUGGACGCGACGGCGUCGGAACCCUCGUCGCCGCGCAGCCGGCAGCUGCAGGGCAAACGCCCUCCGCGGCUCGGCGUUAACGUGGAGUCGCUCAAGAUCAAGAAGCCGGCCGUCACGCCACGGCCGAAGAAGAGUCACCACCUGCAGAAGCCACCCGCGCGGGCUCCGGUCAUCAUCUACGACGCCUCGGCCCAGGUCAUCGGCGUCGAGCCUGCCGACUUCGUGGCGCGCGUUCAGCGCUUCAUAGCAGGGCCGGAGCUCUUGAAGUUCAUAGGCCCUUUGGUCGCUGCCCCCGACUGCGUGGAAUACGCAGGACCGUCCCCGUCCGUCGUGUCGUCACCACCGGUCCAGUUCCCGCCACGAGAUUGCUUACUCUCGCUCACCACCGCCGCUGUCUCUGCGUCCACGAGGCUGCCGGCCACCGAGAGGGCCGUUCGGCCGCCGCUGCCUCUGGCUCUGCUCCGCCCUCCUACGGACUACAGAGCGGACGCGGACAGCUCGGCAGCCGUUCUUAGCUUGCCGCGACGGCCGGGGAUCCUGUCGCCUGCGGCUCUGCCGCCGGCUGCGUGCUCUGGGCAGUUCUCGCCGAUGCCGUUUGACCCGAGCUGCCUCCCGGGGCUCAAGGAGCUGAGCCCCUUCUUCCUGUCCGCUGCCAGCAGGUGCGUAGAGGAGCUGGGAUGCCUGUCCACGCUGAACCCAAGCACCCUGCUCCUCGGCGUGCCAUGUCCGGCCACCGUCUCGACGCCUAUGUUCUUCAGCAAUGUCCCAGAAAUUAAAUCAGGCCGUGGGGAAGGAGCACCUGCUCCACCUGUUGGUGACGCCGAGCGAUCUCCAAAAGCUGAACCAGCUGGUGACCCGCAAGUUGAAGUGUGUGCAGGCUCAAUCAGGCAGCUCUUCCAGAGGCUUGUUCAUGUUCGAACCACCAUCUCAUCCUUUGGUGGAAAGCUACCGUCCGAUGCUUGGUUCAAUCAUGUCAAACAUUUGACCUCGGAUGCAGAAGAAUCUCUGGAACAUCUGCACUACAAGAUGAUCCUGGCCAAGCUUGGGGUUGGGACACACCUCAAGAAGGUAAUGCCCAAUGUGCCAGGGACUUGUUCCAAAACAACAGCUAUAAGCUGCAUGCACUUACUAGCUUCACAGGAACUUGUCAUCUUACCGAUUACUGACAAAUUGGAGGGCCUUCGACAUGGAAGCCCUGGAUUGUCUGGUGCAGUUCUUGGGAACUACAGUGAUAUGUUGUCACUUAGUUCUUCAGUCAUGCGGUGCAUCCUUUUGUGUCGUGGCAUUUUAGGCGUUAUUAACAUAGUUAACAUGGAGGGUAAGAAGGAGAGCCUAGAACUUCCUGUGUUUGCUUUUGAUGAUCUGACAUAUGCUGGUCAGAACAAGGGAAUUGGGGUGAAUGCACAUAGUGUACCAGCACGCAUGACUGACCCUAUAUAUUUGUCGUCUAUGUUUAUCAGAAGUCUUUUGUGUUUGGAUCUCUCAAGCUGCAGUGGCCUUACACAGCUGCCUCCUUCCAUUGGCAACCUUUCUAAUCUGGCUGCAUUGAAACUUUCUCACUGUUAUUCCCUUCACACAUUGACAAUGUCAAUAGGAAGCCUGAAGAACUUGCAAAUUCUUAUUCUUUCCUGCUGCCAUGAACUAAGGAAUUUACCAGUGUCACUUUGUGAGCUUUCCAAGCUAAGAUUGCUGGAUUUGGCAGGCUGUUCCAGCCUUGAAAACUUACCUGCUUCUCUAGUAAAUCUUGGCAAUUUAGAGAAUCUGAACCUAUCAUAUUGCAAGGGAUUGAAGGAGCUUCCACAACCAUUUGGUAACCUCCAGGAACUGAAGUACUUGAAUUUAUCAGGCAGCCAUCGAGUUGACUUGGAUGUUGAGUGCCUAUGUACACUUGCAAACUUGAAAUCCCUAACUUUGUCGCCUCUUACCAGUAUUCAAGGCUUUCCUGAUUCCUUCAAAGAUCUGGCGAAUCGCCUAGAUAGUUUAAGAUGGUGGAAGAAGAACCAGAUCCAUCACCAGUGCGUCCCAAAGGCUACUUCUUUGCAUUCAUAUAGGUGUUAUGAGCAAAGUAUUAUUGACAUGUUACUUUCUGAUGAGUCUGACAAUUGCGACCAGAUAGUCACUUAUGCUUGCAUAGUUGGUGAAAGUGGCAUGGGAAAGACUGAGCUAGUCCAUCGAAUUUACAAUAACCGAAUGAUUUUGGAUACCUUCGAUUUGAGAAUAUGGCUGCAUAUGUGUGAUAAAAAGAGGCUAUUAGGUAAGAUAGUAGAGCUCACUACUUGUGCAUCUUGCAGUGAUGCCUCAAUCAGUGUUCUUGAAGAAAUUGUAAUAGAAGAACUUACUAGCAAGAGGUUAUUACUUGUACUAGACGAUUCUGAAAUCAAGAGCCAAUAUUUCUGGGGUUAUCUACAGAAGCUACUUAAUGUUUGUGCAAAAGGAAGCGCUGUCAUUGUAACUACCAAGAGCAAGGAAGUUGCUAACCAGAUUGGAGCAAUGCAAACCUUUUACUUGAGUCCUCUAUCCAAAGAAGAAUGCUUUAUGAUUUUCAAGGAACACGUGCUUGAAGAUUUAGUUAUGAAUAAUUACUGUCAGUUAGAAAGCAUUGGCUGGAAGUUUGUGGAGAAAUGUGGUGGCAAUCCAAUGUGCAUUAAAGCCCUAAGUGGGUUGUUAUGUCAUUCUGAAGUUGGAUUGUCUGAAAUUGAUAUGAUCGUUGAUGGUAUCUUACCAGCAUUAAGAUUAUGCUACGAUCUUUUGCCAUCACACCUUCAGCAGUGCUUCAAAUUUUGUUCCCUAUUCCCCAAAGAUUAUAUUUUCGUGAAGCAUCACAUCAUCCGGUUAUGGAUAGCUGAAGGCUUUGUCUUCUGUGAAGAAGGUACUAAGCCAGAAGAUACUGCCCUGCAUUAUUUUGACCAACUAUUCUGCAGAUCAUUUUUCCAGCGUUCUCCAUUUCAUAGUGAUCAUAAAGAUAGCUUUGUUAUGCAUGAGCUAUUUCAUGAUCUGGCACACUCUGUUUCCAAGAAUGAGUGCUUCAGAUGUGAGGAACCAUUCUGCAGCUUAGCUGAAAAUGUUCCCCACCUAUCCCUUGUUCUUUCAGAUUUUAAGACAGCUGCACUUUCUAAUGAAGUAAGGAAUCUGCAGUCUUUUCUGGUUAUCAGAAGAUGUUUCCCAGUGGUGAGAAUUUUUACUUUGGAUGAUGUUUUCGUGAAACAUAGAUUCUUAAGGGCACUAAAUUUGAGCUAUACAGACAUACUAGAGCUGCCAAUUUCUAUUGGGAACAUGAAGCACCUGCGGCUCUUGGCUCUCAACAACACCAAGAUCAAAAGCCUUCCUAUUGAAAUAGGACAGGUAAACAGUCUUCAGACAUUGGAACUGAAGGAUUGUUGCCACCUCAUUGACUUACCAGGAAGCACAAGUAAUUUGGCAAAGCUGCGACACCUUGAUGUGCAGAAAGAAUCGGGCAACGUUAAUGUUGGCAUGCCUCAUGGUAUAGGACAUCUGACAGAUCUCCAAACACUCACGACGUUCAACAUUGGGAAUGAUUUGUUGCAUUGCUCGAUUUCAGAGUUGAAGAAUCUGAAUGGACUAAGGGGACAUGUUCAUGUAACUGGGCUUGAGAAUAUUAAGACAGCCAAUGAUGCCGGAGAAGCAAAUAUGAUGGGUAAGCACUUGCUAGAGGCUUUGACAUUGGAGUGGUCUUACCAGGAAGAAGACAUGGACGAUGACAUGGGCAAAGAAAUUACUAAUGAGAUUCUUCAAAAUCUUCAACCUAACAGCAACAUUAUGGAGCUUGCCAUUCGAAAUUAUGCUGGAAAUCUGUUUCCUGUCUGGAUGCAGGACAAUUACCUUUGCAAGCUCAUCUCAGUUACACUUGAUAACUGCCAUGGCUGUAGUGAGCUCCCUUACCUUGGUGAUCUGCCAUCUCUUAAAUCUCUUUUCAUACAGAGAAUCAAUGCUGUUGAAAGAUUUGGAAUCGAGACUAGUUCUUUGGCCACUGAAGAAAAACAUCCCAUUGCAUUUCCAUCACUGGAGGUGUUGAAUAUAUGCGAGAUGUAUGAUUUGCAGUUCUGGGUUAGCACGAGAGUGGAGGAUUUUCCACGACUCUUCCGUCUUUCUAUCAGUAGAUGCCCAAAACUCACCAACUUGCCUCGCCUUAUUUCCCUAGUGCAUGUGUCAUUUCAUUAUGGUGUUGAACUGCCGACCUUCUCAGAACUUCCAUCACUGGAGUCACUAAAGAUAGAAGGCUUCCAGAAGAUUAGAUCUAUUAGUUUCCCACAUCAAUUGACAACCUUGAAGAGGUUGGAAAUUAUUGACUGCAAAGAGCUGUUAUCAAUAUACGCUUAUUCCUUGUCUAUUUCAGAUUUAAAAGUUGUCAGGUGCUUGAAACUUGAUUUGGUUGGAAGUUCAAUGGAAGACCAUAUCGGCCAGAAAGUGGUUAGUGGAAGGAAUAGCCUGACAAGGAGGCAUAUGGUGCUAAAAAUUUUGACAUAUACAGAUCUCUUGGAUGAUGGUAGCAAGUGGGAAAAGUUUGGAGAAAAGAAUAUAUUUGGCUACAUAUUCGCAAGGUCUUACUACACAUGCAUUUGGAGAAACUCGACAGGAUGCAGUGCAACAAAGAUUUUGCAGCCGGACAAUAAUGAUCCCAACACAUUGUUUGUCAUGUACAUCUCUGAGCACAACCAUGGAUUCUCCAAUGAACCACACCUUGACUUGCCUAGUCAACUUGGAAUAGGUCGUAAACGAAAUGAAUAUGAUGUGUCCAGUGAUGAAAACACAUCUAAAAAACAACGGCACGACUCUUUUGUCAGCGCUUCUUCUACUGUGCCGCGUCCGGCAACGGGGGAGGCGACGCCAUCGAGCACUGACGAGCCAAAGGCAAAGAAGAUGGGCCGGCCCAGGAAGCCAAACCCACGCGUCUUCGGGCCGGAAUGGAGCAACGCGUGA